AUGCCGGUGAUCAUAAGCCCCGAGGCCGAUCCGGUGGAGGAGGUGGAGAUGGUUCAGGAAACGCCGCUGGAGGAUAUUCCUGGCGAUGGUGAGCAGGCCCCGGUCGAUGAACAUGCCACGAGGGAGACGCAGCCAGUGCCAGCAGGAUCGGAACACCAUCGAGCACAACCGGAGAUUAGGCGUACGUACGCAGAGAGCCUUGAUGGAUGGAUCGAGCCAGGACAGUGUUUGGAUGUGGACAGCCCGGAUCAGGAACGUGUGCAUGCGGAACUGGUUGCGGAGGAAAACGAUGAUCCCCUUUGCCCGAAGAUUAGGCUGACCAAGGAAGAAGUGGAGAUGAUCAGGGCGCCGUGGAGAAAAUCUCUUAUCAUCAAGGUGAUGGGACGUAGGGUCGGUUACGCAUAUAUGUUGAGACGUCUCACGGCGAUGUGGAAGCCGAAAGGUGGCAUGGAUCUGAUUGCACUGGAGAAUGACUAUUAUCUGGUAAGAUUCGGCUCGUUCGAAGACUUGGAGUUUGCGAUGUACGAAGGCCCGUGGAUGGUCAUCGGCCACUACCUAAUAGUCAAGCCAUGGGAGCCGGAUUUCGAGCCGAUGAACGAUACAACGGAGAAAGUGCUUGUAUGGGCGCGGAUCCCGUGUAUCCCGAUGGAGUACUAUGAUAUAAUAUUUCUCCGGAAGCUUGGCAACAGGAUUGGCCGCACAGUGCGAGUUGAUCGGGCAACCAGCUUGGGAUCCCGAGGGAGGUUUGCGAGAAUCUGCGUCGAGAUAGACAUGCGAAAGCCGAUCAUCUCGAAAUUCAACUACGAAGGUAAGGUCAGGUACGUUGUUUAUGAAGGCAUUCACCUAGUAUGUUUUUCGUGUGGUGUGUAUGGUCAUGCAAAAGAGACUUGCCUGAAGCUAUGCAAAGCAGGAGAUGAUCAGAAUGAUGGAAUCGCGGUGGAGGAGAUGGAUCAGGCAGAAGCGUUGAAUUCGGCUUUUGCGCGAACAACAGCUACUAUUGCGAAAGAGACAUCGGACCCCACCAUUUCCUUUGGUGCCUGGAUGCUCGCACCGCAGCGUCGAGGUCGUCCGGCGACGGCAGGCUCUGACAAGAAUACAAGGAAACCGGCAACCCGAGGGGAGACAACGCGAGGCAGAGGCGGGUUGAUGACUAGGACGUCCAGAUUCGCAGCGUUGCGGACAGAAGAUGAAGAGGAGGACUUGGACGCGAUCGCACUUGUGCAGCCAGAAAUUUGCGCUGAUAACAUGAGGGACACAACUAAUGCAGCGAACAGAGAUGAAAACGCCAACCCACCCCCAAGGAAGAAUCCAGUGAGUGGAAACAGAGGGAACAGCCACCGCCGACCAAACGUGAUUGCGCAAGAGAAGCAGAUUAUGAACACACCGGCGCCACCGCAGGGGUUGAAACUGAAUGAGCACAUCACCGCGUCAGGAUCACGAAGGGAAACCGGAGGGACAUCCAGGUGGGCGGCAGAAGAGGAAGAGCAUGUUGUGGUCAGAGGAGAACAAGGAGGCUUAGUGAUUCAGACUGCCCGCGUAUGCGCAGGAGAUGCCGGGGACCACAUACCAUCUCCGGUGUGGCAGUCUUCGAAAGAACACCAUAGCGAUCCUCCGGAGCUCUUAGAUGAUGAAGGGGACGUGGGUGCGGGAGGAAAGGCAUUCCUUCGUGCCCUUAAAAACCUUCUCAACAUUUACAGGCCUGGCAUCCUAAGCCUUUUCGAGCCAAAGGUGUCCGGCGCCCAAGCGAACGAGAUUUGUAAAAAGUUGGGCUUUUCGGAUUGGAUCAGGGUGGAAGCUGUUGGCUUCAACGGUGGUAUCUGGGUAUUCUGGAAGGACCCGGUGGAGGAAAAUAACCAGCCGCCUUGGCUUAUAGCCUCGGUGUACGGCAGCCCUACCCACCAUCUGCGCCGGAGGUUAUGGAAGGACCUUAGGCACUCGGAACGCAACAUCGCGGGACCUUGGCUCGCAGCUGGGGACUUCAACGCUGUUAUUAGUAGGGAUGAGACAAGCAACUACAGCUCUUUCUCGGCUCAUCGAAGCUCGGACUUUACGAGCUGGAUCCAGGAGGAGGGGCUUAUUGAUUUGGGUUUUUCGGGACCAAAUCUCACUUGGGUGAAAAAUGUUUGUAAUGGCAUCCCUAAAGGUGCCCGGCUGGAUCGGGCCUUGUGCAACACGGAUUGGAAGCUCCGUUUCCCAGGUGCUGUGUUACUCACCUAG